AUGGACGACAAUAAGGUCGAGGUACUCUUUGGGAACGGCGCCUAUUAUGAGGGCUUUGUUACGGGUGUAAUGGAAAAUGAAGUUCUAGUUUCUUUUCCGGACGAAAUAAAAAUUGAAGGUGAUAAUGAACUUCAACCUACCAUUGAUCGUAAAGAGGGUUAUGUUCUUUUUGAGAUUGUUGGCACUGUAGAAAGCAUUUUUAUUGCUAAAGUUCUAAUAAAACAUCUUAAAGACUUUGAAAAAAAUAGGAAAGAAAAACAAAUGGAAAUGGAGAUGCAGAGGCGAUACAACCGUAACCUUAAUGCUGACAGCGAAAACACGAAUAAUGGCCAAAGUAGCUCUAUGAGAAGAAAAAGUAACAUAUACAGUAUACAUUUACCUCAGACUGGGACGAAGAAGAGAGUGAAUGAACAUUUCUUGAAGAAAAAUUAA